AUGGAUCUGAUGGAGCUGGGAGACUUCGGCAGUGGCUGUGAAGAUGAAACCUGUGGCCUCGCUCCGGGCUUCCAGGAGGACUGCUCCAACCAGGAGUGCUACUGGGAGGAACCAGUGUUUGGAUUGAUUGAGUUAGUGUGUGUGACUGUCAUUUACAUUCCGCUGAUGCUCUUCGGCCUUCUGGGAAAUAUUCUGACAAUUCUGGUGGUUUGGCUCCGACCUCACAUGAGAAGCUCUACCUACCUCUACCUGAGCAGCAUGGCCGUCAGUGAUCUGCUGAUCCUUCUACUGCUGCCUCUGGAUCUCUAUAAGCUCUGGAGGCCCAGACCUUGGCCCCUAGGAGACCUUGCCUGUAAGCUGACCAUGUUCCUCUCUGAGUGCUGCACCUUCUGCACCAUCCUCCACAUCACCUUCCUCUCCCUGGAGAGGUACCUGGCGGUCUGCUGGCCAAUCACAGCCAAGACCCUGGUGACACGGAGCAGAACAAGGGCUCUGAUUGGCUGCCUCUGGUUGAGUGCAGUCAUCAGUGCAGCACCAGUGCUGGUCAUGGUCGGGGUGGAGGAUGUUGGGGGAGGGGAGCAAGGGCUGGGAGGAGUGAUGGAGGAUGGAGGGUGGAUGGGCAGGGAAGGAGAACAGGGAGGGUUUAUGAUGGACAGAAAGGAAAGAGGUAGUGGGCACAUGGUGUCAGUGGAUGGAGUAUCUGAGGGGAUAAAGUGGGAAGAAAAAGGGCAAAAAGAGGCAAAGGGUUGGGGUGAAAGAGUCGGGGAGUUCAAAUGGCUUGGGGAAAAAGCCGAAAUAGAGGUAGGAAUACAAGAAAAAGAUAAGAGGAAACAAGGAGAAGAAGGAAAAAAUAAACUUGAAAAACAAGCAGAUGAAGGAGGAGGUGAAGGAAAGAUGGACAUUGAGGGAGAGCAGCAAAAUAAAAUGAGAGAAGAUGAGGGAGGAGGAGGAGGAGAAGGAGGCGUUGAUGGAGGAGAGAUCGACAUGAGCGAGUGUCGCUGCACGCACUAUGCUGCCUCCUCGGGCCUGCUGUCGGCCAUGAUGAUUCUCUCCAACUUGUACUUCCUGGUACCUGUCUGCAUCCUGGGACUGGUCUACAGCCUGAUUGGACGGACGCUAUGGCUCCGCCCACAAAGCAGCCGGAGAGACCAGAGUCACCGGCACACUGUCAAAAUGUUGGGAGUGAUUGUCUUGGCGUUCGUCCUGUGCUGGCUGCCCUUCCAUGUGGGUCGGACCAUAUUCUUUUUUUCUUUUGACAGACAGGAAGCAUACACGGACAUAAACUCAAACUUAGAAACUCUCUCUGAUAACAGAAAUAACAGCACACACACUGUCACUGAAGCCCAAAAUACACAAACACUCAAUAACAUGCAGGACAACCGCCUUUACAUUGAUAACACACACAAUGACACACACUUCAACAACACAUACACACACCCUGACACACACUUGUAUUUUUUAUACUACCUGUCUCAGUAUUUCAACCUGGUUUCCUCUGUCCUCUUCUACCUUAGUGCUGCUGUUAAUCCUUUACUGUACAACCUGAUGUCUGCCAGGUAUAGACACGCUGUACACAGCCUCACACACACACACUCACACACACAGUCUCACCGUCUGCGCACAAUCACAACGCGGCACUCCACCACAACUUUGUAA